AUGAAGCGAGACUACGAUCAUUUGUUCAAGCUCGUCUUGAUUGGCGAUUCCGGAACGGGCAAGAGUUGUUUGCUCCUUCGGUUUGCAGAUGAUGCCUUCACAGACAGCUACAUUACCACGAUUGGCGUCGACUUUCGUUUCAAGACCAUCCCAGUUGAGAACAAAACUGUGAAGCUCCAGAUUUGGGACACGGCUGGGCAGGAGCGCUUCCGCACCAUCACCAGCGCCUACUACCGCGGCGCUGAUGGCAUCAUCCUGGUUUACGACAUCUGCGAUCGGGAGUCCUUUGCCCAUGUGGAUGAGUGGCUGAACGAGGUGAACAGAUACGUGAAUGAAAGCACAUGCAAAAUCCUGCUGGGCAACAAGUGUGAUUUGACAGCAGAGAGGCAGGUGACCACCGAAGAAGCCAAAAGCAAGGCUCAAGAGUUGGGCAUUGCUUUCGUGGAGACCUCCGCAAAGGAUGCGACCAACGUCGAAAAAGCUUUCCAGAUGAUUCCGGUGGCACUGCAGCUGACGCUGAAAGCUGGUAGCCGCUCGGCGACAGUGUGGGCGGCCAUGCUUGAAGGGUUGAUGCCUGCGGUGGUAUCAGCACGGCGGACGCUGGCGGUCGCCAUGAGCGGUUCAGCUGCGGGCUACAGCAGGGUGGCACGGUAUGCCCAGGAGUGGCUGGAGCAUGAAGAAAUGCGCCUGGGUUGUUCGCCUGAUUUGGCGCUCUUUUCCAUCUCGCGGGGCUUGCACAUGCUGAGCGAUGGCCGCGUCGGUUUGCCCAUGGGGUUAUGUCCCACCUGUUGUCGCACUGGCGCUGGUCGAUUGCGGGUGGUUUUUGUUCGGAGCCCUUUGGCAAGGUUGAGCAGCUUCUUCCACGGCUAUUGGUUUCCCCAAAAGGGGCAUUUGCUGAAGGAAGAAACCUCGCAGUUUCAACAAUGGGUGCGAUUGAUUCUCAGCCCAGUCGCAUCGGCAUCACCGCUCUUUGAAGCGAGCGACUUGGAUCAUGUGCGACCAGCUUUCACGGAGUCCCUCAGCGACAAGCCAGAACACCAUUCGCUGGCUGUGUGAGGGUGCUAUGGGCAGGAUGUUGCCGGAUCUUUGCGGAGGGUGGAGACAGCUUUGUGCAAACGCAGUGGGCUUUUGCUGAGCCGACUCAUUGAAAUCACCACAGCGCAGUGUGCCACACUUUGCAUGACGUGGGGCUCGGGAAGACGCAUGGAUGGAAGAUGUGCCGAGAUGUGCCGAGGUUUCGGGCACUGCACUCCAUUGCCUAGCUUUCCAGCUGUGCGCAGCAAACCGGCAAAGUUUGAGCAACUGGCACCCGAUGUAGAACAACUGCUCAAGAGUCGCUUCCACCAUGACUUCUUGGCAUUGGCUUCAUGCGGAAUGUG